GGGGAUGUCGCUUAUUUGGUUUGGUUUCGCCUUUAAUGUCUUUUACUGCUCGGUGCUUGUGUCGGCUAGCUCUAUCUCGUUGAGCGUCGAGCAUUCUCUGGACAAUGGCUAUUCCUUCCAGCCAUUGAAGCUGCUUAUACUCGACCAGGCAACAGGAGGUGUGGCACUUUCCACAGACAUCAAUUCCAACCAAUUAGACAAACUUGCUCUACUGAAGCUCACAGAAACAAAUGAUUUUUACUUUCUGCGCAUCAAGUUAUCAGAUGGGUCUUACCUGAUGUCUUCAGUAUUGGCGUGUCAGAUGCUUAGUUCGGAUUUGCAACUCAAGCUCAUAAUUAGCGUAAACGACCGGGGUUAUCCGAUUGCUUUUCAUCUGGCUACUCCACGAUACAAAUGUCUCCCAUCUCAUACUUUGACCGAUUUGGUUCCAAAUUUGCCACCUACAUUGGGCAUCACUCUCGCCGUUCAGAGGCCCGUGGUUGGCCCAACUCCGGAGACUAUCCGAUAUUUACAGAGGUUGGAGAAACAGCGGGAAGAGAUGGCUCGUGCCGAAAAGGGUGACAAUCGCUCAUUCCUUGCCAAAUACUGGACCUACAUCGUCCCGGCCGUGAUAUUGUUCAUGAUAUUUUCCACUGUCCAAGAUGCGAAUGCUUCUGGUACAGGUGGCGGUCGACAGUAAUUUUCAUGACCCUUCACUAUGCCGCUACGAGUGUGCAAAUGUCUGUUCCCGGCUUGCCCAGCACUCAAUUACUUUAUUCCCUCUCUACUUACAUAUAUGUCUUGCCUUGUUCCUAUGCGUUAUCCACAUGAAGAAAUCGACUGAAUACUGUGCAAAACAACCCCGCAGGUCUUACUACUCUCCAGAUCAUUCAUGCCUCUGAGCCACCUUGAUGGGUUUGUCAUCCCAUGGUGUUCGUG